GAGAACCGAGUCAUAAACGCAGUGGAUCAUAUGCCGACAGACCACCCCACGUUUUUACACUGAUACACACACUAGUAUAUGGUAGGAUAAAGCAAGGCUUUGUUUUCGUCUUAAUUCUGUGGCACCACCUGAACGUCGAUGUGCAACUGUUUAUUUAAAUUCAAAAUGAGAAAGAUCCUAAUUAUUUUUGCAGUCAUUUUGCAUUAGAUUAAGUUCUCAACGAAUCAGAAACCCUAAAUUUAUUCGGACAUAUAAGCUUGAUUUUGCCACACAUCAGUUGUCAUAAACAUCUUGGGAAUGGAUGUGAACGCUGAGGCCAGCAUUCCCAUUGCUGCCCCUGGUGCAGUGGAGGAAGAACAGCAACAGCAACAAUCAGAGCAAGAGACCAGUCAGCAACCAGAUACAGAGUCGGACCUCACCGCCAACACCUCACAGCCAGUCAAGACCGAGCAACAAGAUCCACCCCCCACUGGAGACCCCGCCCCCUCUCAGGAUGCCCCACCCAGAGAUCACCUGACAGUCAUCGACGAGAAUAUGGAAACAAGUAAUGGUGUUUGCCCUGGUCCUAUCGAAAGGUCUCCAAGCGCUGCUUCUCCUCCUCGUCAGCAGCACGCCAAGCCCAACCAUGCGCACGCAAACGGGCGAGCCAGGCUGAGCAGCCGCUCCGGGUCAGUGAGUCACGCUGGGUCACCUCGACCGUCACUCACCCGACAGCCCAGCGCAGCCACUGAUGUCGGAGACGGACCCAAACCCAAACCCAACGAUUAUCUCAUAUGGGCGAUUCUGGCCUGCCUCUGCCCUGUCUGGCCCAUUAACAUCGUCGGCUUGACCUUCUCAGUCAUGUCUCGAAACAGUCUGCAGCAGGGCAAUGUGGAUGGUGCGCGUCGUCUUGGCCAGAAUGCAAAAAUCCUGUCCAUCGUGUCAUUGGUGGGUGGGAUUGUCAUCAUUAUUAUUACUAUCGUCAUCAACUGGGGUGUAAUACUUAAGACCUGAUGGCCGUCACGACACUCAAGACAACAACCAAUCCAUGAUGACCAUUUUCUUCUUCAUCUCUCUACAUCUGAAUGCUCCUGAAUGCUUUUUCAGUUGUUUUGUACUCUAUCUGAAGACUCUGAAGCUGGAUGAUACAUUGAUCUUCUAUCGUGCCAGAACCAUCAAAAACAACAUGGACUCUUCAGUUCUUCGAAUGCCUGGAAUCACGAGCAAGGCAUGCAUGUUUGUUUUUUUGUUUUUUCAACAAAGGACUCAUCGUUUGAGAUGAUGUCAGUAAGGAGACCACACAUAUGAUCUCAUUUCAUUUGUCAUGCACCCCUUGAGGAUGUGAGGGAGGACAAGAAUGAGAGGGAAUUGGAGGGGAUUUGGUUCUCGACAAAGAUUAGAAGUAUUUUUUAUGCACAAGCUGAUUUUAGUAUCCCUGUUCAGAAGUGUGAAUCCAUAAAGACAAGCUCAGAUUAAAAUGUAAUCGAUUAUAUAAAACAGCAGAUGGCUUCCGAGUUGGCAUCCAUCCACAGAUGAGUCCAAUUACUUUAAGAGCUGCUCUAGACACACUUUCAUUUAGGCUUUCUUUUUUCCUUUGAUGAAAGGAUGAGCUGCACCCAGCGUUUAAACAUCUUCAUUUUUGAUUAGACAUGAUGAUUUUGUCUCAAAGGAUUGAAACGAUGUGGAAAAACAGCACAGGAGCCUCUCUCUCUCUUUCUCUCUCUCACAAUGUACAGAUAUUAGGACGAGGUUAUCACACUUAAGCAAGAGAUGAUGUUUCAGAGAAUCCUACAGAUAGAGAAGGAGGGAGAGGUGAGGAGAAAGUGGGAGGGAUCGAGACCUAGCCGCAGUCUUUUGUUUCACACAGAUGGAGGGAUGGAGAGAGAAUGAGAUACGGGAGGAGAGGAGGGGGGCAGUAGUUUCAGAUGAAAAGAUACCCCAGAGAUGGUGAGAUGUAGGGAAUGCAGUAGUGUCGAGAGGGAUCUGAGCCGCCUCUGAUUGGCUGCUUGAGUGUGUGUGUGUGAGUGUGAGUGUGAGGAAGCCAAUAUCGUAACGCUCACCAACAUGCCCUCCCCUCUUCCUCACAGCUAUGCUCGACCAGAUCCUUCAAGGCAAACAGAAAGCAGACCAUUAAUUUAGUAUUGUGUUUUAGCAGUAUGAGGCAAAACGAUGAUACAAACAGUCAUGUUUUUAUACCGUAAUGUUUACAGUAGAAUCUGAUACAUUCAGCCGGAACACUAGGAUGUUUCGACCAUGACGAAUCAUUUUACACAGCCACAAACUGUUUGUUUGGUGGAAUGAUUUGUGUUGCUCAACAGAAUGAUACCUGAAUCCUUCCUGGUCAGGCCACACCAACUGUGCCAAAAUUCAGACUCUGCCAAGACUCCAGCUUAGGGGGGCAUGUUUGUGACUGAAACAGGAAAUGAGAGCAUAUAUGCAUUUUUAAGAAGGCAUAUAUGUAGGGAUGCACAUUUACAAAUCCAAUAUAAGCCUAAAAUUAAAAAAAAAAAUACUGAUACAUUUAAAUAUGACAACUGAUAAAUAAAUAAAAAAUCAACUAAACGGUAUCCGAUAUUGCCAGACAGAUACAUUUAAAUGCUACAGACUGAUCAUUAAAUGUAAAAACAGAGGAAAUGAGCAUGCACAAUUAUCCAAUAUCAAUAAAAAGAAAUCAAAUAUUGACUGACCGAUAUUUUUUAUUCCAACCAGCCGAUACAUUUGUGUAAAAAUACAGAAAUAUCAGUCAAAAAAUCUAAUACUGAUUGACCAAUAAAUUGAUAAAUUAAUAUGUAAAAAUAGAGGAAAUUAGCAUGCACAAUUAAAUGGCCAAAUAUCCAGAUUUAUAUUGAUAAAACAUAAAUUUAAAUACUACCAAACUGUACAUUUAAAAGAUUAGGAUCUUAUUGUGCAUCCCUACAUAUGGAGUUCUUUUAUAGAUAAAAUUACACAUCCCUCAUUUUCAUGGCUUUGGGUUUCUUGCAUGCAGAAUGUGACUCUGUUUCAUUGAUGUUUACAGCUUUUUGAUGGCAAUGGGGGCACUGGUUAACUCUCUGAAAUCAAGUAUUCUUAUUUUUUUACAAGGCAAAACCUUUGCUGUGUUGCUCUUUGUAAAUGUUCUGUAUCUAGCGCAACAUAUUCCGAACCACAAACAGUAUGAAUGUCGAUAAGCAUGCUGACUCAGGUUGGGUGAUGAGAGGGUGAUUUUGGGUUCAGCUUGCAUGACGGAUGGGGCUACAAUCCUCUUUUUGAUACAUUUCAGUUUGCGACUGCUCUACAUCCCCACCACUCAAAUAUGAAUGAGUGUAGCAUGCACAUUUGAUCCAACCGUGUGCAGUCAGUGAAUGCCAGCUUGACUUUUGUUCUCUUGAAUUGUUCUGCUCAGCUAUAUUUAUAUUUAACCUGCUUACGUAUUCAUGCUUGCAUAUACAUAUGUAUGUAUUUAUGUGUCUGUACAUAUUUGUACCGCUUCCAUUCGUGUGAUGGACAUGAACAGUGCUCGCAAUGCAAAUCUUGACUGUUAACACUGCAGUGCUUUCACAAAUUUUUAUUGGUAUGCAUUUUGAAAUCGGCCCUCUCAGCGUACAGCAAGUCCGCGGCCAUUUGUUUUGUAUGCCGUUUGUGCUUUGCUAAAACUUUGACCUUACAAGCAUGUUUACACACCAAUUACAGAUCGCCUAUGCUGCACAGUGCAAUUCUAUAAAGAAAUGUUUCAGAGACACCAGCCGAGUCAAUUCUCUGGGUUCCAAGUUCUACCUGCUGCUCAAAGUAUCUAUUUAUUGAUGUGAAGAAAAAUUAUGUUUUUGUGUUUAUUAAACAUUCCCUUACAAAUUCAGCUGCAUUUUGGUGAAAGCACCUGUGCUAGUCAAGACUUUUCCUCUGUGACAUGAAAUGAUUUGGGAGGCAUUAUGAUAACUCUCGUUGCUUAUAUAAUCCUGAUUUCAUGCAGAUCUGCCUGUGCAUGCCUUAAUGAAUUGCUUUGGAACAACAAUAUGUGAUGUACACUGUAUCUAAACCGAAGCGUUUGAUAGAUCUUGCGGUAUUGAUCCUUCUUCUGCUCUGUACCGACACUGAUUAUGUAUCGUCGAGUCCAGAGAAUAAACUGUCUCUCAUU